AAAAAGAUAAAAUGAGCACAUCUUUGUCUUUCUCUUUAUGUUUCCCCAAACUAUUUUAUUUCUUAUUUUUUUCAUUUUUAACAUUACCUGAACGAUGACCUUUAUCGACUGUCUGUAAGCAGUGGUGUUCAAUGGUCUAUGGUCCCUAUUUACAUUAACAUGUUGCAUUGACUCUAGUAGAAUAUAAUUUACUAGUUUGUUCAUUAGAAAAGUUGGUCAAGAUAGCUCCUCGAAUCAAGUCUAUCAUGAUCGAUCGCUGCUAUUCUUAUUUUAUACAGAACAUGAUGGUUGAAUACCCCCCCCCCCACUUUUUUCUGUUAUAUGACAGCCUUACCACCCUCAAGACGCAAAAGAGAAUAUCUCAAGCAAGGAGUUAUACUCCACCAACGAUUCUCAGAUGCUACGAGUUCACUACUGCGUAUGAAUCGCAACUAUCUUAUGUCUAUCACGAUACAAUAUUGUCAGUUAGACUUGUCAAUGACAGGCUUGUAUUGUGCCAUUGCCCAUUAUAGUCAAUCACUCGAGUGUCUAUACUAUAUCGACAAUCAUGAUCAAGUUAUUAGUUCUGCAGGUCUGUCGGCAUCCGUUGUGUAUGGGUGUCCCAACAUGUGUCACUUCAAAGGGUUUCAUGCAGGCAUGAACGACGCUGUCUUGUUUAGUAUAGCACGUCAUUGGCACAAACUUGAGUCACUCAGCCUAUGUUCCACAACAGAACAGAUUACCAAUGAAGCAUUUUGGCAUUUCUUGACAGAGCUCAGUCUCUCUUCACUUGAACUCCAUGACUAUGAUUUUAUCUCGAUUGAAGCCUUAGCAAAUCAACAAUGUGUCUUUGAUCUCAGUUGCCUCAAGAUGACGAAAUACAUGACAACGCCUUUAUCUAAACCUGGAUUUCAAAGUUUGCUGAGGUUGUUCCCUAACCUUAAACGCCUAGAAUAUGAAACGAAUUUGUAUCUGACAAUCUGUUCAAGACCAUGACACUAGACAUGUUUCAAGCAGAAUCUGAAGCAGUCAUUCAAUGGUUUAAACAACAUAAGGUGGACUACAUUGGCAAAUGGAAUACGCUGUCUACAUUAGAACAGUCCAUGGUUCAUAAGUUCAAUA